AUGGUCAAGGCUAAGAAGUCUGCUUUUCUCGCCACCGUCGCUGGUGCCAGCCUCGUUGCUGCCCACGGCUAUGUCAACGGAAUCGUCGUCAACGGCGUCUACUACAGGAACUACAACCCCUCGGUCGACUGGUACCGUGGCAACAACCAGGAGACUCUGAUCGGCUGGAGGGCUGAGAACACGGACAACGGCUUCGUCGAGCCCAACAAGUUCAACACUGCUGACAUCAUCUGCCACCGCCAGGCCGUCAAUGCCAAGGGCUAUGCCACCGUCAAGGCCGGCGACAAGAUUAAUAUCAAGUGGGACCCAAUCUGGCCUGAGAGCCACGUCGGUCCCGUCAUCGACUACCUUGCCGACUGCAACGGCGACUGCUCUACAGUCUCCAAGAACUCCCUUCGGUUCUUCAAGAUCGACGGUGCCGGCUACGACAAGGCCAAGGGCAAGUGGGCUGCCGAUGUCCUCCGUGAAAAUGGCAACAGCUGGAUGGUCCAGAUCCCGGCUGACCUGAAGCCCGGUCACUACGUCCUUCGCCAUGAGAUCAUCGCCCUCCACGGUGCUGCCAACCCCAAUGGCGCUCAGGCCUAUCCUCAGUGCAUCAACAUCAAGGUUGAGGGCAGCGGCAGCAACUCGCCUUCCGGCGUUGCCGGCACCUCUCUCUAUACCGCCAACGACCCGGGCAUCCUCUUCAACCCUUGGGUCAGCAACAUCGACUACCCGGUUCCGGGCCCUGCUCUGAUCCCCGGUGCUGUCAGCUCCAUCCAGCAGAGCACCUCGGCCGCUACCAGAACCGCCUCAGCCACCCCUUACGCGGGCGGCGCUGUUCCAACCACCACUCAGGGCGGCAGCCAGCCCACUACCACGGCUCUCCCGACCACUACCCUCGUCACCACCACUGCUGUCCCGAUCACCACUGCUCCUCCGGCUGGCCCUACUCAGAGCAAGUGGGGACAGUGCGGUGGCAGCGGCUACACCGGCCCGACUCUCUGCGCUCCUGGCUCGAACUGCCAGGUCAUCAACCCCUGGUACCACCAGUGCGUCUAA